CCGCACAGCGCGCCCCUAAGGCCUUUCCACUUUGCGGGCUGAGCCGGGCGCGCCUCCCCUCUCUCCCCUCCCCUCCCCGCGCUGCGGCGGAAGCUGGAAGCGGCGGGGGCGAGGCCGGGCCCGGAAGAGGAAGGGCUCGUGCUGCGGGAAGGCUUCGGACGGGGGUUGCUGCGCGCUCUGGCUGCAGGGCCGGCGGGAUUUCAGAAUGACUUCCACUCUCGAAGUUCCUCUGAAUUUUGAAGAGAUGUUUUCCCAUCGAUUCACACCAGAUGAUGAGGACUAUCAAGAGUAUCUGAAACGCCCAGCAGAUCCACCUCCUUUAGUAGAAGAAUGGAAAAAUAGAUCUGGUGGUAACCAGAGAAAUAGAGAUCGGUUUCAAGAUGGCAGGCAAUUUAGAGGCAGAGGGGACUGGCAAAGUGGUAAUAGACAUAAUCAGUGGCCGGGAAGAAGCUGGGGUAACAACUACCAACAGCACAGACAAGGACAGUCUUACUACCCCCAGUAUGAAUAUGGCUACAACUCCUAUAAUCCAAGGCCUCAUUAUGGUCGCUAUUAAUAUUCAUUGAAACCAUUUCAUUUGAAGCCAGAUUGCUCAAUUAUCUUGUAUUUUCUCUGUAACUUUAAAUAAUGGUUAUUGGUUUUAGAGAACCUGUUGAUGUCAUUUUGUAGUUCAAAUUAACACAGAUGUGACCUUUGUUGUGAGUAAUAAAAAAAUUCUAUAAAUAAUCUCUAUUGAGCCCACAGACAUGAUUAAAUUUUUCCUCCAGUUCUUUUUGGUAGGUGCACAUUACAACAGUGUCUUCCUCUACCUUGUUUUGAACAUCAUCUCAUUAUAUUACAUCUAUUAAAAUUAAUAGUUCAGAUAAACAGAUGUUUGCUUUGUGCAUAAAGGACAUGGCAAUGACUGUGCAUACAUACCAGGGGGGUCUUGAAAUUCUGAUGCAUAUUGUGUCCUUUGCUUUGGAGGAGUAUUGCUUAUUAUGGUCAUCCAUAAUAAAAGACAAGCAUGCAAUCUGGGUGGGAUUUGUUUUUCAACUGUUAGUACUACUGAGCUAAUUAACAGUGUGGGAGUUCAUGUAAGUUCAAGGAAGACAUUGCUGUUUGUGUUUUAACUAAUGUUGACCAAAAAAGCAAAGAAGAGGAAGAAUUGUAAAAGAUGUGAAACAAGACUCUUUAUAUGAUAUGUAUUUCUCCCUGCUGAAUCCGUAGUUUAAAAUUGUAUCCAGUGUUCCUCAUCUAUUUCUUUAAAGCACUACCUUUCUGCAAUAUUUUUCUGCAUGACAGUGCUUCCUAUGGCACACUGAUGGAGAAAAUUCAUAGACCUAAAAAUUCAGCUCCAUUUUAACCUUUGUUAUAUAUUUUCAAUGGCAUAAGUAUUUUCUUUAAAAGCAGCCUAAAAUGUGAAAUGAAAUAACUCAGUUUGGAUGUAUUUGUUUUCUAGUUCCAAUAGAUCAUCACUGAACUAUUUUUAUAUGUACUUUAACCUUUUACAUCCUUACUUUUAAACAGUUACCUGGUAAGCAUUAGCCUUACUGACAUGGUUACCAAAGCAGCCUCCCUCAGUUAACUGGUUAAAUAAUUUAGGCAGUUUUUACAUCCCUACUUAAAAGUGACAUAUCAAUAAUGAGUUUACAUACUUUUAAAAUAAACUCAGUAGGUGUACAGGUCUCUUUGGGAGUCUUGUUUCCUUUAAUGUCAACUAUGAGAUUGUGAUGGCUAUUUUAAACAGUUUUUUCCCUUCUGUGUGGUUGUCCUACCACUUUUGUCUGUUCUUGGUAGUUUUCUUUUAUGAAUGCAUAUAGUCUUUUGCAUGAGAAAAAAAGCAAGUACAAUACAAGGAAGUAUACUUAUUACACUUUUUUAUUAAUUGAACUCUUGUAUUUGCUGAAAAAUGGAUUAUAACAAAAUAAACAUUACUUAAGAUUCAGGAA